AAACACUUGGUUCUUAUCCCCAAGCGGCGAAACGGUGUAAUGGUGCUGAACUGAAAACAUCGCAUCAUUCAUUUAUAAGCUUUAAGAGAAAACUUUGGAGAAAUGGCCAGCGAGAAGGAGAUUGAAGCCAUUGGUAAGGUGCUGCUAGACACACGGCAGCCUCUCAAAGCCCGCUUCAGAGCGCUUUUCACCUUGAGGAACCUGGGGGGCAAUGCAUCCAUCGACUGGAUAUCUCGCACAUUCUCAGACGAUUCUGCUCUCCUCAAGCACGAGUUAGCCUACUGUCUGGGCCAGAUGCAGAACGAAUACGCCAUUCCGACCCUAAUUAGGGUGCUGGAAGACACAAGUCAGGAGCCGAUGGUGAGGCAUGAGGCAGGGGAAGCACUAGGAGCCAUCGGAAACCCUAAGGUGUUGGAUGUAUUGAAGCGUUACUCUGAGGAUCCAGUGGUUGAGGUGGCAGAAACCUGUCAGCUUGCUGUAAGACGAAUCGAUUGGCUCCAGUUAAAGCAGGAAGGCAGUUUGGAGAAGGGGCCUUACUUGUCGGUGGACCCAGCACCCCCGUCCCAAGAGAGAGAUGUUUCAAGGUUAAGGGCAGAGCUGCUAGAUGAAUCCUUGCCUUUAUUUGAACGCUAUCGUGCCAUGUUUGCCCUGAGAAACAUUGGCUCAGAGGAAGCUGUACUUGCAUUGGCAGAUGGUCUGCAGUGUAGCAGUGCCCUCUUCCGCCAUGAGAUCGGCUACGUCCUCGGUCAGAUGCAGCACGAGGCCUGCGUCCCCCAGCUGAGCACAGCGCUGUCCAAGCUGGAGGAAAACGCCAUGGUGCGACACGAGUGCGCCGAGGCCCUUGGCGCCAUUGGCAAAGAACCCUGUCUGCAGAUUUUACGGAAACAUCUUGGGGAUGGUGAACGAGUGGUGCACGAGAGCUGUGAGGUGGCACUGGACAUGUACGAGUAUGAGAACAGCGAUCAGUUCCAGUAUGCAGAUGGGCUACUGCAGGUCCAAACACCUGCCUGUUAGUGACGCUGUGGUGACAAUGAGAGGCAAGUUUCAAGUGGAGUCUGUAGUGAUGGUAACCUUGAGAGGAGUGGGCCUACACUUGGCCCUCAUUACAUUUGCUCAUCUUCAGUCCUAUUCUGUGUCUCAUGCUGAUUGUCCCUGGGAUUUUUUGAUUUACUAUCACAGAAGUGUGUUUAGCAGAAAGGGCGAGCAGUGACAGAUGACACUAACACAGGUCUUUGGGAGAUUCUCUAGUCUGGUUUCAGUACACAAGCAACAGUGUUACCUGUCAUUUGCAGUGUUGUCACGUAAGGAAGCCCCUAGGGGACACUAGGACCUUUGUGUCCAUUUCUCUUUAUGGCAUUUAAUCCGUUUGCACCUCACUGUAUGGGUAGCUGAUGCUUUGAGUUGAUGUUAAUGUCAAGUGUGCCCACCCAGUAAGGUCCACAGUGAGAUUUAUGGGUUGGUUUAGAAGCUGGUGGACAGCUUGGACAUACACAGCAUGUGCUUCUGGUGAUGGAGAAGAACUCCCUCGCCCCUCUGGAGAGUGACACUGGGGUUUGGUCAUCAUAUUAAAAUGGUCUGCUCGUCAUAUCAAAUAAAAAGCAAAUGGUAAAAGAGAGGAAGAGGUGGAAACAAAUAAUAAAAUAAAGGGGUAAAGACAUUUCA